AUGGACGAUGGAGGCGCCUACUACACCUCAGCUUCAACUUCGCUUCCCCCAACCGCACCACCGACCAUGGCGGCUUCCCGACCUCGUCGUCAACGACACAAGACGUCCAAAGCCUUGGCGGGCUCGGACGACGAGUUCGAAUACACGCCCCGCUCGAGUGCACCCAAGAUCAAAUUGAAGAUGAAUCAGGAAGGAGCUGGAGGUGCAUCAGGUUCGGCAACGGCGACGACGAAGGAGACUCGACCUGGCGCGGUCAAUCACGAUGCGACGGGGAUAGGAUGGGAUCGUGAACUCGAUUCGGACCCUGAAGUACCUCUAGCAGUAGAGGAACAGUUCCUACUGAGGUUGCCCAAGGAUCUCGCUCCUCAGUUGAGGGAGAUGGUCGAAGCUCGAACGGUGAACCCCAAAGACGUUUGGUUCAAGUUCAAGGACUCGAGACGCGCCGUCUUUCAUCUCAAGGGCAAAUCCUAUUCGUCCAAACUCGUCGAUUUACCGACUCUGUUGGAGAGUCAGAGAUUGACCGGAUCCGGUGGUGGUACGGUCAAGAUCGCGGACGUGUGCCAGAUGCUGCUUGUCGACGAGGACGAGAUCCAGGAUGAGGCCGACGUGACCAAAGAGGCGUUCAAUAUCGAGAACUUUUCGUACCCUCAUGGUAUCACACCGCCUCUCAAACACGUCAGGAAACGUCGGUUUCGCAAGAGGAUCAACAAGAGGGUAAGUGACCGUCGUGGAGGCACCCGCUCGGGCUCGGGCUCGGGCUCGGAUGGAUCCUUCCCCUCGAGGUGCCGCGAGCUCAACCUAUCGUCCUCCCUGCUGCACCACAACAGACGAUUGAGAUCGUGGAAAGCGCUGUAGAGAAACUUCUCGAAAAAGAUCAAGCCGCUGAGCAGGUUCAGUAUGGUAAGUCAUGUCGUUCCAAGAUGACGAUGCGCUGAGAACCCUAGUCUGACGUGCUGGCCUCACCACGCCGCGUAGAAUUACUGGAUCAUGACAUCGUCUCCGAGGACGAAUACGACAACGUCAAUGACGACGAUCGAGGUGGUGUUGGCUCGUCGAUAGGUGCUCCAACCCCACGACGAGAAGGCAGUGCCUCGUCCAUCGCGGGAGACGACGACGAAGGUAUGGACGAUGGCGAUCGCGACGACGACGACGCCAAUGAAGCCGGCGCAGGAUCAGGCUACGAUUCCGAUCUUGCGAACGAGAUCAACAAAGGCAUGGAAGCGAUCGAUCGCUCUUCUUCCGAAGACGAUGAUUCCGAUUCCGAUGACGCGGGCGGUUUGUUCGGGGGGGGUAGUUCGGACGACGAUGAUGAUGAGGAACAGGCGAUCGAUCCCGAGGUGAUUGAACAAAAGAAGAGGAUCAAGUUGCUGUUGGAGGAGAUCAAGGAUUUGGAGAGCAAGAUUACGGAAUCGGAGAACAAGCUUAGCACGGCCGCGAAUCCUAUCUUCAAGGUCAGUCAAACGCUCAAUGCGGAAAAUCCUUUACUGAUAUGCGUGGAACUGACUUCCUCGUUGUUUUUUUUCACGUAUCCCAGAAACGCUUCGAGGACACGAUCAAGAAGCUCACAGCAGACCGGGACGGCAAACGCGCUGCGCAUUCCAAAGCGGUCGCCGAAAUGGAGAAACGUCGCUCGGACGAAGAAGCCGCCGCCGUCGCCGCCACGGACGUCGCUGCCAAUCCUGAACCUUUACCUACGAACCCUACUUUGGCUGAAGCGACGAGUGGGGAAGCAAUACCUCCUGCUGAAGCGGCUACGAGUGGAGUCGUUGGAGAGGGCGAGGAACCUACGGCGACGCUUGCUGGGGGGGAGGAUAGGAUGGAGAUUGGGUAG